UCAAACAGAAGACCGCGGACGAUGUGAAUGGCAUGUUUUUUCUGUUAUGUUAAGUAAUAACGGUUAAAUAGCUUGGACAUUGUAAUAAAGAAGAAGGAAUCAAUAAGGUGGAAAGAAAAUAAGGUUUAAGUCGAAUAUAGAUCGCACAGGAAUAACUGGAUGUUCUCAACGUAGUUUAAGAGAAGAAUCAUGGAGUCCUGCUUGAAUUACAAACCCGAGAGAGUGGGCUCUGUAAUUGUGGAAGAUCUGAGAAAAGACCUUUCUGCGGAAUUCUCCAAAAUCCCUGCAGCUCAGGAACCGGUAUUGGUGGAGAAGGAACAUUUGCAGGUCUACUUGCGGAUACGUCCUUUGACCUCCACGGAGAGUGAAUUUGGUGAAUCACAGGAAUGCAUUUCAGUCGAGUCCCCCAACACCGUGGUUUUAAAAGCUCAUAGAUUAUCACUGACAUCUAGACAAAGUGAAAGGCUAGGACCCCAACUUGCACAGCGAUUCCAGUUUUCAAAGGUGUACGGCCCAGAAACAACACAAAGGCAGAUUUUUGACGGGACAACAAAAGCCCUUGUGAAGGAUGUCCUUGGAGGAGAAAAUUCUUUAGUCUUCACUUACGGUGUAACCAAUGCCGGGAAAACGUUCACGUUUUUAGGCCCUGAAAGCGAUGGAGGAAUUGUGCCCAGGUCACUAAACGUGAUCUUUAACAGCAUUGUGGGACGAGUCUAUACACAGAAUAACAUUAAGCCCCACCGCUGUGUCGACUUCACAAGACUGACUAAAGACCAGCAGGAGGAGGAGGCCAAGAUUAAGAAAAAUCUCCUAAGAAGAUUUAAAGAGAACGAUUUGCAAAAAAGCAGCUCCAGCCUGUCAAAUUCGGGUUGCAGCACCUUACUUGAGGGUUCGAGCUACGGCGAGUUAGAUGAAGACAGUCUUUGUUUGGAUGAAGAUUCCCAUGUGAAGUUCUCUGUGUGGGUCUCCUUCUGUGAGAUCUACAAUGAAAACCUCCACGACCUGCUCGAGUUCGGCUCAAAUACGUCCCACAGAAGGAGCGUGCUCCGACUGUGUCAAGAUGUCAAAGGCAAUACGUUUGUCAAAGAUCUGACAUGGAUCCAGGUAAACAGUGCAGAUGAAGCCUACAGAGUUCUAAAGAUCGGACGGAAAAACCAGAGCUUCUCUUCUACAAAGCUCAACAGCGUUUCGAGCAGAAGCCAUAGUAUUUUCUCCAUUCGAAUCCUGAGAAUUGAAGACAUUGGUGUUCCUCGAGUCCAGACAAUAAGCGAGCUGUCUCUGUGUGAUCUGGCCGGAUCAGAGCGUUGUGCGAAAACCCAGAACAGAGGAGAGCGCUUAAAAGAAGCCGGGAAUAUUAACACAUCGCUGUUAACUUUAGGAAAAUGCAUAAAUGCCUUGAGACUGAGUCAGACACAGUCAAAAUUUCAGCAGCAUAUCCCCUUCAGAGAAAGCAAACUCACUCAUUACCUGCAGGGCUUCUUCUGUGGCCGUGGAAAAACCUGCAUGAUAGUCAACAUCAACCAGUGUGCUUCCAUGUAUGACGAAACGCUGAACGUUCUCAAAUUCUCAGCAGUGGCUCAGAAGGUUAUGGUCCUGAAUCCCAGACCAGUCAUAAGUGUUGUGCCUAAGAAAUCUGCCCGAGAAGUCUCCAUGAUGAUCAACAGCGUGGACAGGAGAGAAUGGAGCAGGAGAAGCACCUUACUUGGGUGGGAGACAAGCUUGGAGGACGUUCAAGAGGAUGAGGAUGACGAAGAAAUGGAGGUUGAUGAGGAGGAGGAAGAGGAGGGUGGUGAGGAGAGCAUGGUGGACAAUACAGUGCUAGAAACUGCAGAAGAUGAAGAGUUUGGUGAGCUACAGCAGAAAAUUAAAGAGCUUAAAGAAGAGCUCUCUAAGGAACAAUCUGAUAAGCUGACCAUGGAAUCACGAAUCCGAGAAGAAGUUACCACAGAGUUUAUGGAGCUGUUUUCCAAUAUGGAAAAGGAUUACAAUGAACGUCUAGAGAGAGAAAAAGAAAUAGCUGAAGAAAGAGCUGAGAGGAGAUUGGAAAUACUUAAGAAUUUAGUCAACCAAAAUGGCACUGAGACAACAACGGUGAAUUCCACUGAGGAUGAAACUAAGGAGACUAGAAUGGUGCUCUUGGAUGGGAUGAUUGAAGAGAUGCAGAAUGACCUGGCUAAGAUAAAGAGAGAUGCUGAGGCAGCACAGUCGUGCCUGGAGAGUAAGGGUCAUUCUCCUGGAGCUGUCAGCAAGCUGAGGACACAACUGGAUGAGAUGGCAGAAGAGCUUCUUAAAAACCGUCAGCUCCUGGAUAUUAAAACUAAGGAAAUGGAAGAAGUACAGGUUUGUUUACAAAAUUCCAGUGACCAGCUACUGGAGGCUCAGAAGAAUUUUGAAAGUCAAAAACUGGGAAAUCAACAACUUAUGGAAAUCUGCCAAGAAAAAGAUGAGAUGAUCGCCAAGCUUCAGACUGCUUUGGAUCAAAACGUUGAAGCAGCUAAUGAAGAUAGGGCCUAUAUCGAGACCAUUAAAGAGGAAAUCUUAGACUAUCGAAAUAACUGCAAGUGUAGGCUCAAUGAUGAUGGCGACGAGAAGACAAAACAGCAGGAAAUUCAUCAGCUUGCAGAAACCUUAAAGGAGAAAAAUGACUUGUUGGCUGAGCUCAACCGUGAACGGGAUUCUCUUGAUCAAAAGUUGAAGGAUCUCACUGAAGAGCUCAAGAAACAAGCACAUGCAUGUGAAGCUGCUUUCUCUUUACUUGAAACAGAAAAAUCAGCAACCACCAAACUAACAAAUGAGAACCAAGCACUUGCCACUGAGCUCAGAGAUCUCCAGCAAGAAGCCACUGACAUGAAGGUCAGACUCACAGCCAAGGAAACUGAAUUUAAAAUUAAGAAAUUGGAGGCAUCCAGGCUUUCUGAGGAGCUCCAGAAAGCACAAGCACAUCUCCAAAAGCAUGAAGAAGACGCUACUGAGCGAUCUCAGACAAUCAAAUCCCUGAAGCUGGAGACUGAGAACUUGCGUCAGAAGCUCAGUGCCCAGGAACUUUCAAAAGAACAAACAAAUAAGUGUGCCUUCCAAGAGACCAUCGCAGCUCUCCGUAGAGAAUGUGAGACGAUGAUGUCCACAUCCCAAGAGAAAAGCAGGAGGAUCACAGCCCUGGAGCAGGAAGUCAGUCAGCUAAGAGAGGAAAUGUGCCAGAAGCAGACCCUGUUUGAGCAAGAGCGAGGAGCUCAGAGAGAGGAGACUCAACACCUGCUCAGCCGAUACGAAGCCAAGAGAACGAUUGUGGAGCAGAUGAAGAGAAGUCACUCUGAGCUGGAGACAGAGCUGCAUGAUGUAAGACAGCAGUUGGCAGUCCUGGAGGAGCAACAGCAGGCCUUUAAACACAGCUCUGAGAGAGUUGGAGAGCUGGAGAACAAGCUUGCUGAGAACGAGGCUCAUUGUGCAGAUCUGGAACAGAGACUCCUGCAAACCAAGAACAAGCUGGACCAAGCAGAGGAGAGACACCGAUGUGUGGAGAGCUCUCUAAAUGAAAGGAUAAAAGAAGUGGAGGAUAAACUUAUUUAUAAGAACACAGAACUAGAGACUAAAGCUCAGGAACUAUUAGAAUCCAAAAAACAGGUGAAUGAUGGGCUGAAGACAAUGAAGAGGUUAAGUCUGGAUCUGGAACAGAAAGAGAAACAUAUAGCUGAUCUACUUUCUCAGCUGACUGAGAGCAAUGCUAAAAUUGAGCAGAUGCAAAAAGAGAUUGCAUCCUUGUCUGAAGAAGUCAGAACGCUGCAACAGAAGCUGUGUGACUUGGAGAAAGACAGGGAUCAAGCUCUGAGUGCCGUUGCCAAGAAAGAGCAGAUUAUUGAACAUCUGAAGACUGACCAAGCCAACAAAGCUGAGUCACAUCAGGACCAUAAAACCCGUCAAGAACUCCUGGCCAAGGAAAGGCUCAUUGAGGAAAUGCGUCUCGCCCUGUCAGAUGAGAAGAGGUCACGGACGGUACAAGAGCGACUUCUUGAAGCUAAAAUCAAAGAGAUUGAAUCAUUAAGUAGAGAGCUUAUGAAGCUGAAGGAGAACCAUCAGAAAAAGGGUGUGACUGAGUCCGAACCGGAUCGUUCACAGCAAGAGGAGCGAAAAAUAGAACAAACUUCAGGGGUUUUGACACAGACUUCAGUGCACGAGUCCUCAGUGCUUUCCACCAUGGGCGAGAAAGAAAAGCGAUUCCCCAAACCUGAAGUGGAGAUCAGCUUCACCCCUCUCAAACCCGACCGUCUGAACGUCCGCAGGCCAGGAGACGACGAGCCGGUCACGAUCAAAAUCAAGCGCACAGCCCGGAAGAGGAAGAGUGCCGAGACAGAGAAUGCUUUGGAGUCAGAGAACAGGAAGAACAUGCGGCUGAGAGGAAACUCCAGGGCUAAUAUACAGCGUGUAGAGUCCCCCACAGUGCUCGCUAAAAAGGCCAAUCAAUCGAAGCAAAAGGAUUCUCCUGCAAGUCUGAAAGACAGGAAAGACGGAACCCUGCAAAAGAUUGGUGACUUCAUCCAAAGUUCUCCGACCCUCCUGGGGAGCAAAGCUAAAAAGAUCAUGGCAAAGGUUGCUUUAAAAUCUCCAGAAGUUGAGAACAACUCAGAGACCAGCAACAAACCCAAGAGAUCAAAACGCAAGCUGUUUAAGACACAGAUCUCCUCUCCUUUUGACAUCCCUUCACAUCCGAUCAUCGGAACGGUUCAAGAUGACAAAGAAAGCGAUCAUCUCAUUAUUAAAAGAAAACUAAGGACAAGAACUGCCAAAAUAUCAUUUUAUCCAUAAGCAGGUUCCUGGUAGAUUACUGUUAAAUAGCAUGUGCUGAACCUGUGGUGAAUGUUUUAGCAAAGUAGGAGCGCUGAUAUAGAAUAUUUUGUGCAGAAUUAUGUAAAAAUAUGUGAGGAUUUUUUAGAUCAGAGACCAGAUUUUUUAGAUCUGUGUAAAUAUAAAUAAAUUUUUUUAAUAAUGGUUAAAAAAAUGGCUGGUCUGUAAUAUUGCACUGUAACAGUCAGGCCAAGACCAAGGUAAUAAAUUUUUUUGUUAAGGUUCUGUGUUGUGGUCAUUUGUUUCUUGUCAGUGGACAGACUUGCUUGUCAUGAUAGAAGAGUAAUUAAUGGAUUUUUAGGAGGCACCCCUUGAUCUCUGCCCUUGCCAUUAAGCAGGUUACAGAUGCUUUCACCUGCUCACAGCUAUCUACAAAAACUUGUCUGGCCAAAAAAAGUGCAGUUCAAAAUCAAGUGAAUGAGCCAAGUGAUGUUUUUGCACAGCUUUAUUA